GGAAUUUUGUAGUUGUAAUGCCUUUAUAACAUUGGGUUGUAGAAGAUUUUAUCUUGAAGGCGGAGCUUACCGGAACUGUCAAUCAUGAAGUCAUUGGAGCAUAUCCUUAUCUUUGUUUUUGCAAUCUUCAUCUCAGAAAUCUCAGCUGCCAAAUUUGUUAAAUCUCCGACAGAAAUAACAGCAAUUGAAGGAGGAAUGGUCAUGUUGAGAUGUCGGUUCACGGAUGGCAACAGUAGACUAAGACGAACAUGGACUAACGGGACAUCAGUAAUUUAUGCUGACGCGACAAAAUAUUCGUUCGAUCCGCGGAUAACAUUAGACGUGAAUAAUGCUCAAGAAUACUCAGUCCAACUGAACAGAAUCACAGCUUAUGAUGAAGGCAAAUACACUUGCACACUCUACCAUGGAAGAGAGAUGGAGAUGUCAAUCAAUUUGAAAGUAAAUGUACCUGCUCGUUUUACCUCUCAAGUGUCUCAAGAUCUUAUUCUUGAUGAAGGAGGAAAAGGUGCAUUAACAUGCAUGGCCACAGGAAAACCGGAACCUAAAAUAACAUGGAGACAUUUAGUGCCGUCAGCGGAUGGGAACAGAGGUACCGGGCCACAUCUUCCAUUGAGUGGGAUAACUCGGGAAGGAGCGGGUAUCUAUGAAUGUACGGCUGAUAACAAGAUCGCUGCUCCUGUAACUCAUAGGAUCAGAGUCAUUGUUAGAUAUCCUCCAGAACUAAAUAUGUAUAAAACGGACAACGACGUCUCACAAGCUCUCGGUCAAGAAACGGUUCUGCAAUGCACGACAUCUGCUGUACCAGUGCCUUCUAUAACAUGGCAUCACUCAGGAUAUGUAUACGAAGGUAAAAGACCAACAAACCGGAUUCGUGUUCUGAAUAUUAAGCAAGGGAACACUGUGACUUCCAAACUUAUAAUCAAGCAAGUUGCACUCGAUGAUUUUGGAAAUUUUGUCUGUGUUGCAACAAACAGGAUGGGAACUAUUAAUACCACUGUCGUAUUAAAAAGGGUUAUACCAGAGGAAACAAGGCCACCACCCCAUGUUGUGUUUGCUGGUUUUCAAAACAGAGCAAAUGGUCAGAAAUCAGACAAAGAAGAUGGGGAUGGUAAUUCAGGGAAAUCUUCAAUUAAAAUUCAAACUUUUACCAAAUUAUUCGCUAUUUUUUCACCACUUUUAGGACUAAAAAUCGUUACCAUGUUUCAUAUUUAAGCGUAUUUUUAAUUUUUUUGUUCAUUAUUUGUUUUUAACAUGAUUUCAAAUUUAUUUUGGAAAGAGAAAAGCUGGUAUGUGGGGCUUAAUACCAAGACAAACCACGCUCUCUUGUUUGGUUCCUAGUCCAGUCAAGGUUAUUGUAAGUAUAGUACGUUAUUGGAUCUUUGCGCACAUGAAGAAUUAUCUGCUACAUGAAAACAAACCUUAAACUACGGUAGGGUAAUCAACAGUAGUUUGAAUCACACUAUUUCAUUUUUCCAAGAGGGUUGGGAGAGCCAAGCUGAUGGGAUGAUAUAUUUAUAAUACUCACCGUCAAAAACAGUAGAUUCCUAAUUCGAAAAUUUCAAUUUUUUAAAAUUAGAUAUUUAAACCUCGGGUUUAGCUGCUCGAUAACUUGCUUCGGUUCCCCGCGACAUCCCUUCCCCAAUAAAACUGUGGAAUUAUCAUUUUCUCGAAAUUUGUGUUCGAUUUUUUACUGACUGGAAAAAAUAAACUUGACUUGACUCGUCUGAUUACUAAGUUAGUUUUGGACCUGUGACAUCCAGAUCCCCUGUAAAAAUAUCAUAGUUAUGCUGUCUAAGAAUUAAAGAUAUCACAGUCGUUUUACUUCAAUUGAUGUAGUCAUGGUGAGGUGAUGACCUUCGCCCAUGGCCCCCAGAAAAUCGCUUCGGGGCCCUCUAGUGGAACCAGUCAUCACUGUUUAUUUUACCUUCUAUUUAGCGUAGUUCAUAUGAUUCUAAAUUCAACAUGACAUUCUGAACUAUUUUUCACUGUAAGUGUUUUUAUUUAAUAAAUCGCUAUCCUGUUUUUCAUUCAAUAUUGCUUCACUAUCGUAUUUAAGGUAGCAUGCCCACCUUGUCUCAUAAAACUGUAUUAUGAUUAUGCUAUAUUCUUGGCACUAUGAAAUUGAAGCCUAAUGCUCCCAUUGAAAAUUUUUGAGGAAAAUGAUCAAAUCUUGCUUCAUAAUAUCUAAUAAUAGUGCAUUAGUACACUUUACUGAACUUAAAAUUCAUUUAAAACUGUUUUUUCUCAUUAUUGCUGUAUCAUUACUGUAUUAAAACAAGACCAUCAUGACCAACGUCAUUUCAAAUUCAGAUUUUUUCCCCCCUGUUUAAAAAACCUUCUAUAUUUUCAAAUUGAGCCUUUAUUAAUAGGCAUUGGUUUCCCAGCGCAGAGACUAUGACCAAGCAGCCAUUGAUAUGUGAGAAUCUACAAUUUGUAAAAGAACUGAAUCUCUCCGUUUUUAUAUUGCAUAUACAAUUUAUUACACAGAUUAAAGCUCUAUUAACUCUCUAUUCUCAGCAAAUGGAUUACAGCUUAUAACUUUUAAAAACCAAUUUUAUUAUUUUUCAUUUUUCAUUAUUGCAGUACCAUCACUGUAUUGCAGAAAAACCAUGACCAAGCAAAGAUUUUUUCUAUUCAUCCUUAGUUUUUUUGCAUUUUCAUUGAAUCUUCAUUAAAAUAUUUGAUUCCUGGCCCUUUACAUGUUUAGCAUAAUUCAAUUUAAAAAACAUCAAAUAUUCCAAAUUUUUCACAAUUAUGCUCUAGGCAAGGCUCUGCAGAAGCUGUUAUUGAUGUGAAAAAAAUUCCUUGAAGAACCAGAAUGUUUCAAAUGAUGCCACGGUUAAUCAUCUUUCUUUUAUCAGAAAUGGAAUUGAAACUUCUAAAUAUAUGAUUUCAAUCAUUAUUUUUCAUUUCUCAUUUUUGCAUUAUCAUCACUGUAUUACAGCAAAAGCAUGACCAAGGUAUUUGGAAAAUGUCCCUAAAUACUUUUCUUUCGAUUCAUCUGCAACUUUCUCAGACCAUUUACGCAUCUACAAAUUCAAUUUUCAUAAAUAUAAACUGAUUUUUGGAUGGAUUUUUUGAUGCUCCCGAAGAAUUCGUACCAAGAUUGCGCACAACCUGAACAUAGUAUGGGUACCAAGUUAGGGUUGUUCAGGUUGAGCGUCAUCUUGGUACGAAUACUUCCGGAGCGCCACUUUUUUUGCGUACAACUCAGUUUCAAACUAUCCAAUAUUCCAAUGCCAAUUUUUCAGUAUUGCAGUAUUAUUACUGUAUUGUAGUAAAACCAUGAUUAUGCCCUUUAAAGUGGUCAAGAGGAUUUUUUCACCUUUUUUUCCUGAACUGUUCACAUAUCAAUUUUUAAAAAUAUACAUUAGCUUUUGCACGCUUUACUGUUUGACAUAACUCGAAUUAAAAUAUACCCGAUAUUCUUAUUUUUUCACUCAGAACAGUGGUUCCUAAACUUUUUGAUAUCGUUCGUUACCCCUAAAUUGCAUUUCCAAAAGCUUAAUUACCCUUUUAAUAAAAACUACGUCAUAUCGUUAUCACUUUUUCUUUGAUCAACAAUGGCGAUAAUAUUAACACCACCUAUUGCAUAUUCUGAUUAGACUUUAUGAUGCUAUACUGUAGCCCAUUCUCGCCUAAAAUCUGUAGCCGAAGGAUUGGUAUUAUGCCCCUACGAAGUGUGUACCUAGUCACUAGAAGACUAGGCUCAAGACUAUAGAUGCGAUUUUCCGCAGACUAUUCAAAAGUACGGAGUUACAAAAGAAAUUGUUAAACCGUGAGCGUCUGGAUUACCCCCUGGAAUUGCCAAAUUACCCCAAUUACUCCCAGUUCGGAAACCACUGACUUAGAACAAGAAGGCAUCAGCCUUCGAUUAAAAAGACUAUUUACUAUGAAAAACCAGAACUUUCGAAAUGAUGCUAUGGUCUAUUAUCUUUAUUAUUAUCAGCAAAUGCAUUUCAUCUUAAAACCUUUAAAAGCUGAUUUAAGUCGUUUUUUUUUCAUUAUCAUCACUGUAUUACAGCAAAACCAUGACUAUUGUUUUUGAAUUAUAGGUGUAAUUUUUUCUCCGUUCACCAGAAGUUUUCUCUAUUUUUAAAGAUAGUAACUAAUAGGUGCUUGUAUAAAGCGCCUCGUUGAAACAGUUGAAAGCGUGAAAAAGCGCUGUGUGAACAAAAAAAAAUAGAUUUUUGCUCCUUUUUCUGUAAUUUAUAAUUAUUCAAUAUUUCGAAAUUGACUUAUCAUCAAUUUUUGAGUGACUGCUCGUCUUUAGCCUUGAUCUGAGAGAAACCUGUUCUUUUAAACUUUUUCCUAUUGAACGCCUAUUGGAACCCUAUCAAUGCAACUAAUAAAAAUUUUGAAGAAAUUAAUCAAAUCUUUUUCAUAUAAUCUAAUAUUAGUCUAUUACCAGUGUACUUCAUCCAAAACGAAUUUUUCUGAUUUCUCAGUAUCAGUUUUGCAUCAAAACCACGACUAAAGCAAUUUCAAAUUCAGAUUAUUUCCUUUUUUAAAAAACCUUAUAUAUUUCCAAAUUGAAUCUUUAUCAAUAUGUAUUGAUUUACCGGUGCUCCCGAAGUAUUUGUACCAAAAUGACGCACAACCUGAACAUAGUAUAUGUACCAGGUUAGGGUUCAGGUUGUGCGUCAUAUUGGUACGCAUACUUCCCGAUCGCCGAUUUUCCAAUAUAUUGCUCUUUCCUAUAUAUAGCUUGAUGCUUAUUCAGAACCCUGCGCAGGGUAAACUAUUACUGAAUCCCAAAUAUAUCAUUUCGCAACUCUCACUGCCAUGUAAUUGAUAAUCUUUACAUUCUUUAUUCUAAGAUUCGCAGUCUCAUACAUUCCAGUUCCAAAAGCAGUUUUUUAAAUUUCAUGUCUCUAUUCCUAAAUUUACUACGUUAAAAUUUCAAGAUACAUUUUACAAAAAAAAUUCUUUUUAAAUAAUGGAAUUCCUAAAAUAGGUAAAACUAUUCUAUUAGUACUGUUCCCAUAUUUAAUUGAGAGAUCAGGACUUUGCUUCGAUCAAACUGUAUUGAAAAAUUAUCUUUUCUUUAUUUGCAGAUUUUAGAGUAGCAAAUACUGUUUUAAAUUACUGUUGUAUUGCAGUUAAUUUACUAUUUUUCGAUUCUUUUUGUCAUUUCCACUGUAAUUAUUUAUUACGUCGCUAUCUUUAUUUCGUCAUAAUGUCAACAUUGUAUAUUCUAUUCAUUGUGUCAUAAUUGUUAAAAAAUGAAAACGACUCAUGCUCGUCUGUGGAUUUAAGCGUCAGAGACAUGGAAAUACGAAAUUCCACGCUGUCAUUAGGUUAGGCUUAUUCACCACUUCUUAAUGUUAGAAAAAGAUGGGUGCUUCUGAAGUAUGCGCACCAAGAUGUCGC